UGUGUCAGUCUCCCUGCUCCGCCGUCGUCCCGUCGAGGCAGCUGAGCAGCAACUGAUCACCGAUAAUCGCCGAUUUUCGGGUGAAGAUGGCCGCAGGUCCUCUCUCUGUUUCUUCCAACGCAUCCACAAACAACGAUGGCAUUCUCAUUGGUGACAAAGUUUACUCGGAAGUGUACCUUACGAUCGACAACUCGCUCAUACCGGAGGAAAGGCUCUCUCCGACGCCUUCAAUGCUCGACGGCCUCGACCUGAACACAGAGACCGACCUUCGCAUCCUGGGCUGCGAGCUGCUCCAGUCGGCGGGUAUUCUUCUCCGCUUACCCCAGGUGGCCAUGGCAACGGGGCAGGUGCUGUUUCAUCGCUUUUUCUACUCCAAGUCCUUCGUCAAGCACAGUUUUGAGAUUGUUGCUAUGGCUUGUAUCAACUUGGCCUCCAAGAUUGAGGAAGCACCAAGGCGAAUACGAGAUGUCAUCAAUGUUUUCCACCACCUGAGACAGAUCAGAGGCAAAAAGACUCCAAGUUCAUUGAUACUUGAUCAGAACUACAUAAAUACCAAAAACCAAGUCAUCAAAGCAGAACGGCGCGUCCUGAAGGAGCUGGGCUUCUGUGUGCAUGUCAAGCAUCCUCACAAGAUUAUCGUCAUGUACCUUCAAGUCCUGGAAUGUGAGAAGAACCAGACACUGGUCCAGACCGCCUGGAACUACAUGAAUGAUACCCUUAGGACAAACGUGUUUGUGAGAUUCCAAGCUGAGACUAUCGCCUGUGCCUGCAUAUUCCUUGCUGCCCGAGCCCUGCAGAUACCCCUGCCAUCCAGACCUCAUUGGUACCUGCUGUUUGGAGCCAGUGAGGAUGACGUUAAAGAGGUCUGCAUCACCACCCUCAAACUCUACACCAGGAAGAAGCCGAACUAUGACCAGCUGGAGAAGGAGGUGGAGCGGAGGAAGGUGUUCUUGGCAGAGGCCAAGCUGAAAGCUAAAGGCCUUAACCCUGAUGGCACCCCUGCACUGACCACAUUGGGUGGCUUUUCACCUGCUUCCAAGCCCUGCUCCCCUGUGGUCAAGCUGGAAGAGAAGUCUCCAAACCCCCAGACCCUCAAACAAGUUAAGAAGGAGCCAGAUAGCCGGACUCAGGUCAACAAGAGUCCACACAAUGGUUUAAGAAAAGAGCCAAAGAUCGGGAGAAAUAGCAGAAGUGGAAGUCGAUCUCGUUCAAGAACGCGCUCCCGGUCUAGAUCUCGCUCCCCUCGCAGACAUUACAACAGCAGACGCAGUCGCUCAGGGACCUACAGUUCUCGCUCACGUUCUCGCUCUCACAGUCGCAGUCCAUCGCCUCGGCGACAUCCGCCCUCGCCCCUUCUCCCGCACCUCAAAUCCAAGACCAGCCACCACGGCAAUAGUGACUCCAAGACCAGCGGACGCCACAGCAACAGCGGGGGCGGUGGAUCAGGUCACAAGAGGAAGCGCACACGUUCUCGGUCGCGGUCCCGCACUCCAGUCAAAGUAGACCGGGACCGGGACAGAGAGAGGGAACGGGACAGAGACAGAGACCGCAGUUCCUUUGACCUUUCAUCAAAGAAACACAAACAUGAGCGAGGAGGUGGCCAUCGAGCCGACAGGAGAGAGAGGGAGAGGUCUCGGUCCUAUGACAGGGACAGAGACAGGGAGCGUAGCCACAAGAGCAAACACCACGGCAGUAGUGGGCACUCAGGACAUAGCCGUCACCGUCGCUGAGGCAGGUUAACUCUAGGACGGAUAGUCACUGAAGUGUUUUCAGUAUACUCGAAACAAAAUCAGAUUUGGCAUGUUCUCCAAAUACAGUUGAUUAUCAGCAAACAUCAGUGACUCCUGGUCUGUUAAUUUAAUGAAGUCAUGUUUGCAGACACGUCUUCAAAUACAUCAAAAGGUUAAAAAAAACAAUAAAAUGAAUAAAUCAAAAAUCAAUAAAAAGGUUAAAAACAAUUCUACUACAACUAUUAUGAAAGUAAACCAAAUAUCUGCACCCUGCCACCUCUCCAAUUACAUGUCUUGGAGGGUUUUUGACCAAGAACUUGAAAAUAUGUCAGCACACACGGCAGAUGCAGCACCUCUGCUAUGGUCGAGAGAACUUGCCUAGUUUGGUUUAAUUUUGGGUAUAUUGGCAGUCUAACACCAACCUUGUUGGGAUUCUGGGUUUCUCAUAUGCAUGCUGAAAUUGACUAAAAUAUAUAAUUUACAGGAAUGUUGAUUCCCAUCAACUUUUUAUUUUUAAAUAGGAAAAUAUUUAGGUUUUUUUUUUUUUUUUUAAUGAAAUUUUUGUCCAAAAAUGUAACUGGUAAAACGCCUUGACAUAGGAGGCUUUCAUGGAAACUGUUAAAAUUGCUUGAAUAGCUUCUGCAUGUACAAAUGACUCGGAGGUAGAAUAUUCUUUGCUUUGACUUGUCAACACAACAGCGCACCUGUAGCUGAUAUUUGGCAGAGGUGGUUGAUGUUGUGUUGUUAUAGAUUGAAUGUGUGCAUCUGAGGAACCCAGGCUGCAGCAGUAUCUACCAGCAUUAAGUGGACUGUUUGUAGGUUUACUAGCCUUGUUUUGCAUCCAGGUCAGACAUGAAUAGCGGUUGAGGGAAGGCACCAAUGCAGUGUGACAUCAGUCUCAGACCUGUCGUCCUCUCCACCUAUAGGUUUUUCUUCAUUUUCCCAUGAUACCUCCACCCCACACACCACCAUUUCUCUAGCCUACCCAUAUGCUCUUAGUUUUACAUGUAAAGUUAUGGACUUUGGGAAAAUGAAACUUAUUUACAGUGUAAAGAUGGAUUGAUAUCUGCUGACAAAAUGUGAACGCUUUGAUUUAUAAAAGCGAACAGCUCAGUGGAAGGGUUGAUUGAAUAUAUGUAAAAUAAAAGCUGUCAUUCAGGAAAGAUCAAUAUGUUUGCACAUUAAGGGACUGGUGGGCGAGUGGUUUUUGUUUCCUUUUUCCUUUUUUUUGGACAAAUGUAUGUUGCUAAAGCUGUGUUUUGUACAGUUGAAAAAAAGCUGGUAAUAGACUUUGUGUUUUUCAUUUUUUUAUUUUACAGCAGGGGAUGCAGACUUGAUUUCAAAAAUUUUAGGGUUGUCAAUUUGUAACACUGGUUUUUAGUCUGCACGUGUUCAUGUCCAAUUUUUAUUCAAUAAUAAAUGAGUUAUGCCACUGAA